UGAGCGCGAACCUUAGUCGAGCCGGGAAAAAAAGACGAGGCGCGAUCAAAUAGUAUCCAUAACUACAACGGCUUCUCCGUUCCUCAUUCUUCCGGAGAGCAUCAAUGGGCUUAAAAACACUAGACAUAGGGUUACUAAAGUUAGUACAUGCUAGGCAUUUAGAAGUGGAUUGCCAUUGAUGCCAUGGGUGCGCUCAAUCGGGGUACCUGGCCCCGAAUUGGGGGCGGCAGUCGAGGCAUCGCCAGAUCUGUCUGUCAAGCAUAUCGAGCAGAGGAUAAGCAACAACAUUUUGAAUGCGAGAUUGGGCUACGAAUUGCGGCGCCCAACCCUCGCGCAUGCAUGCAUCAUGCAGGCCACUGCCCAGUCAAAGAGCUCCGUCUCUUGUUUACCGCUGCAGCUGAUGCGAUGAUGGACUUGCGCAGGUCGCAUGGCAACCGUCAGGUUGCAGAUGGGAUGGUCGUGAUGGCGACGGCGAAUCGCAGAGAAGCCUUCAAAAAGGGUGUUGCCGCUACUGCUUCUCGCACUUACAUCUACCUACAUCUACAUCUACAUCUGCUGUAUGUACACUGCGCAUCAAUCGCAUCAUUGCUACCUCCAAAUCCCUUAUGCCUCGCUCGGUAUCUCGCGGCUCAUACUACUACUAUACUCGCAUAUACGAAGCCUCGUUCUUGUACCACUCCCUCGGUCCAUUACCUUUCCAUACCUUGGCAUACCCAGCCAGAUAAUACACCAGACCUCAUACACAGCCCUACUAUAGAUAUAUACACAUACACCUCUAUUACCUACCUUACCUACUAAGGUAUCAAUCUCAUGUACGUGCUCGUACUACUGCUGCUGCUAGCAUCACCAUCCCCCUGGCAA